UGCGUGCGGGGUGCAUAGCACUUAAAUACGUAUACUAUGCCUCCUCACCAACACAACCAGAAUCCACCUCUCAUCCAGCUAACAUAACGUUACCCUUCUUCUCCCCAAAUAUCAUCCCCAGACAGCCAUGGCAUCUACAGCCAAACGCCCCAACUUCCUCGUCAUCGUCGCCGACGACCUGGGCUACUCGGACAUUGGCUGCUACGGGGGCGAGAUCCGCACCCCGAACUUGGAUCGUCUGGCGGCGGAGGGGGUGCGAUUUACCGAUUUUCAUGCUGCGGCGGCUUGCUCACCCACGCGGGCCAUGAUAAUGACAGGAACAGACCACCACAUCGCCGGCCUGGGCAACCUCAUCGAAUGGACCAACAUCACCGGCCAGAACAACGCAGGCCACUCCACCGCCCCGCAGCGCGGCAUGCCCGGCUACGAGGGGUACCUCAACGAGCGGGUCGUCGCCCUCCCCGAACUCCUGCGGGAUGCCGGCUACCACACCCUCAUGGCCGGCAAGUGGCAUCUCGGCCUGACCCCCGACCGCGCCCCCCACAACCGCGGCUUCGCGCGCAGUCUGGCCCACCUCCCGGCCUGUUCGAACCACUACGCUUUCGAGCCCCAGCUGCAGGGGGACGAUGAGACGCCGGAGUUUCUGGAGGCGAGUUUCAUUGCCCUCCACAUGGAGGAUGGGGAGUAUGUGCGGCGGUUGCCGGAGGGGUGGUAUAGUUCCAAUGGGUAUGGGGAGAAGAUGUGUGAGUAUCUGAGAGAUUGGUUUGAGGGGACACCGGGGAAGACAGAUAAAGAAGAAGAUAAGGAGGGGCAGGGGCAAGGGCAACGGCCGCCCUUCUUCGCCUACCUCCCCUUCACGGCGCCGCACUGGCCCCUCCAAGCCCCGAGGGAAUACAUCGCCCACUACGAGGGGGUCUACGCCGCCGGCCCCGACGCCCUCCGCCAGCAGCGCCUGCAGAACCUCAAAACCCUGGGGCUGGUGCGCCCCGACGUCGAAGCCCACCCCGUCGUCGCCGACGAGACCAAACCCUGGGAGGAGCUCACCCCGCACGAACAGGCCCUCUCGGCCCGCGCCAUGGAGGUCUUCGCCGGCAUGGUGGAGUGCAUCGACGCCAACGUCGGGCGGGUGGUCGACUACCUCCGCGCGAUCGGGGAACUGGACAACACCUUUGUCUGCUUCAUGUCGGACAACGGGGCCGAGGGCGCCGCCUACGAGGCCUACCCGAUGGUGCAGAGCGGGGUGAUGCCGCACCUGCAGAAGUACUACGACAACCGUCUGGAGAAUCUGGGCAAUGGGAACUCGUUCAUCUGGUACGGGCCGCGCUGGGCGCAGGCGGCCACCGCCCCCUCCCGGCUGUACAAGGCGUACACCACCGAGGGCGGCGUGCAUGUGCCCUUCCUGGCGCGGUUCCCCGCGGCGGACCCCGCGGUGCAGGCGCAUGUGCGCGCCGGCGGGAUCACCGACCAGUUCGCCACCGUCAUGGAUCUCGCCCCGACCAUCCUCGAGAUGGCGGGCGUCGCCCAUCCGGCGCCGCGGUACCGGGGACGCGAGGUGGUGCCCCUGCGCGGCCGCUCGUUCUACCCCUGGGCGACCGGCACCCGCGACCGCAUCCACGAGAAGGAGUUCAUCCAGGGCUGGGAGACGUGCGGGCGCGCCGCCCUGCGCUUCGCCGACUGGAAGAUCGUGUAUAUCCCCAAGCCGCAGGGGCCGGGCCGCUGGCAGUUGUAUGAUUUGGCCCAGGACCCCGGCGAGAUCCACGACCUGGCCGAGACCUUCCCCGAGCGGCUGCAGCAGCUCCUCAAGCUCUGGGAUCAGUAUGUCCUCGAGACCGGGGUCAUCCCGCUCAGUCCGGAGCUGGGCGAGUUCCUCGAGGCGACCGAGGCCCAGAUGCCCGAGAAUGCCUGGAUGGAGUAUGAUUACUGGAAGAAGGGGGCGAGGGACGAGCCCGAGCGGUUCAUGCGGAAGCCGCCGCGGUUCCAGCGCGUGGUGAAGCAGUUUUAGCGAGAUGUUGAGUGGUAGGAGGUGUGUAUAUAUCACGUUCAGACUUGAUAUACCCUGGUUACAUAUUUGCUCCUGGAUUCCUAACUCACUGAGUC